CAUACAAACAGAGCCCAGCCUCGACUUUCGCCCUGCGGCUGAACAUCUCAAACAUGUAGUUAACAAAACUGCCUGAAAAUACGAGAUUCAUGACUUGAUUUGGUCUUCGCUGAAUGUGUGGAUGAAGCCGAUCCAUUCGGGUCCAGACUUCGGCCAGUGACGUGAUGCUUUCAGAGAAGUCAGAUCGGGUCACCGGGUUUGUGUGAGCGUCUCAGUUGCUGAGUGAGGUGUAUUCGAAGCAGCAGUUGAGACAUACCUGUGCCCUGCAGUGUGAUGCUCAGGGACUCCUGCAGCUCGGCGCUUAGAGACAGCACCGUGCUGUCCCCAUCCCUAAUGCAGUCACUCAGAUGGAGAGCAUGAUCUGUGGUGGAUGUUGACAGGUGCAUCUUAAGAACAGAAGAGGAGAGACUGUCUGCAGUCUAGCCCUACCACAUCCUCCUGCUUCAUCCAUCUCCCCCCCUCGAGCAUCCCUCUACCCCCAUCCCCUCAUUCUUUUCUUUCUUCCUCCCUUCUUUCUGCUUCUGUCCCCCUCUUUUUCUCUCUUUCUGUGAGGAUGGAUGGUACAGAGCACCUGCAGGCUAGUCUGAACUCCUCUUACAUUUCCGCGCUUCAUUCGUCCUCCAUGUCUGACGGGGAGGUGAAGACUGAGGAUGAAGACCACUCACCCCUCCUCACACAUUCACAGCAGCCCGGCGGACCCCUGAGCACCCGCCACCGACCGCACGACACCUACUGCCUGGUGUAUGGCAUCUUCUUCCUCAUGGGCAUCGGCUCUCUACUGCCCUGGAACUUCUUCAUCACGGCAAAGCACUACUGGCUCUACAAACUGAGCAACGGCUCCAGCUCAGCAGGACACGAGGAGCCCCAAACUGACCUCAGCGACUACUUUGAGAGCUACCUUGCCAUUGCCUCCACUGUUCCUUCAGUGCUGUGCCUCAUCCUCAACUACCUCCUGGUAAACAGGCUGUCCGCUGAAGUACGGAUCCUGUCCUCGCUGUUUGUGACCCUGGUGGUGUUUGUGAUCACAACAGUUCUGGUGAAGGUGGAUGUGUCAGGCUGCAGGGUGCAGUUCUUUGCAGGCACACUGGCCAGUAUUGCUUUGGUCAGUGGAGCUUCCAACCUCUUAAGUGGCAGCGUUUUUGGCAUUAGUGGCCACUUCCCCAUGAGGAUAUCUCAAGCCCUCAUAUCAGGGCAGGCUAUGGGUGGUACUCUGAGCGCAGUGGCAGCCAUUGUGGAUCUGGCUGCUGCCAGUGAUGUGACCACUAGUGCACUGGCCUACUUCCUCACUGCUGAUGUCUUCAUUCUUCUCUGCAUCGUGAUGUACCUGCUGCUGCCCAAACUGGCCUACUCGAAGUACUACAUGGAGAUGGCCUACACUGGUCCUUCUACAUCAGACAGUUUUCGCCCCCGUCCUGAAUCCAACGGCCACGGCAGUCCAACUGCGGUCUCUGUGCCCCCCCUCAAGCCCAUCAUGAGGAAGACCUGGGUGCUGGGCUUUUGUGUCUUCUACGUCUUCUUCAUCUCCAUUAUGAUCUUCCCGGCCAUCUCAUCUGGCAUCCAGUCAGUAGACAAAGACUCGGACAACCCCUGGACCACCGUUUACUUUGUGCCACUCACCAGUUUCUUCCUGUACAACGUGGCUGACUUCUGCGGCCGGCAGGUGACCGCCUGGCUGCAGGUGCCCGGUCCCACCAGUUGGCUACUGCCCACGCUGGUUCUCUGCAGGACUGUCCUGGUGCCACUUUUCAUGUUCUGUAACUACCAGCCACGGCACCACCUGCACCAAGUGUUUUUCGCCCAUGAUUUAUUCCCUGUGGUCUUUGUCUGUCUGCUAGGACUCUCUAAUGGAUACCUGGGCACGCUGCCCAUGAUCUACGGACCCAAGGUGGUGCCACGGGAGCUGGCCGAGCCUGCUGGGGUGGUCAUGUCGUUCUUCCUGACUAUGGGGCUGGCUGUAGGCUCUGCCUUCUCUGUGCUUCUGGUCCACUGUAUGUGACUGCAUAUGAAAGCAGAGAUAAGCUCACAAAACAAACAGUGAACACAAAGAAACACCAAAAACGAGCAAGAUUUUUCACCGAACGUGAUCAAAAACAAAAUCACUUUUAACGCUUUUAAAUUGAAAACUUUAUUUUAAAAUGUGGUUUAACUGGUUAAUAUUAUUAUUUCUAAUAAUAUUCCUCUUCUGAAAUUUUCUUUACCACCAAAUUGGCCAAGUGACAUUUUUCUUGGAUGAUUUUGAUGUGUGGGCUAAAUGUAACACAUCAGCAUAUUUCAGCAACACUUUAUUUGAAUAGUCAACUGUACAUGCUUUGAAGAUGAUCGGUACAUCUUUUAAGUAACUUUCAACUAAAUAUCUGUUAAACAUAAGUAAACCUGAAGCUGAGUAUGGAAUAUUAUAUCAAAUCUCUAACCCUAAAACUAACCUCAAGGUAAAACCUAAACCUACUCCUAAACCUAACCCUAACCUUAAUGCUGUUGAUAAUCAACUAAGGAUCACCAGAAAGUUUGUUAAUGAUUUAAGUAUCUGUAGAUUAUCUAUGGGGGAUCAUCCAAAUAAAGUGUGAUCCACUACUAGAAGUGGAACUCCUAUUUCUAACAAUUUGGUAUUUCAAGUAAUUUUAUUAGCCAAAGUCACAAUACAAAUAACAUUAUUUGCUCUGUAAUUGGCUAAACAUUUUACAUUUCUAAUUGCCUAUUUAAAUAACAUGACCCAGAAUUUGUGGGCAGUCGUGGUCUGGAUGUUAGGGAACUGGCCCUGUGACCAGAGGGUUGGUGGUUCAAUCCCCAGAGCUGACAGUCCAUGACUGAGGUGUCCUUGAGCAAGACACCUAACCCCCAAUUGCUCCCCGGGCACCGUGGAUAGGG